UGUAUGGUUAGUUGCAUCAAAAUUGUGUUUGGAUUAGUGCUUGUCAUCACUUUAAUUACACUUUGCUACUUGAGCUACUCUGCUAUGGCGUGGCGUUCCCACGGCCGUUCCAACUUGGAUCUCGUUAAAAAUCUUAGAGUGCUUCUGCCAUUGAUGGUAACAUUUCUGGAACUCAUCUUCUGUAAUAUCCUCCAAGACCCUCGUCACAGCUUUUUGGACAUCUUGUGUUUGAAAAUGGUGUCCCUUCACCGCCAUAAUGACUCUUGAAAUAGAACAAAGUCGCACGGAGCGAUAUCUGGUGAAUAAGCAAACAAAGUGAUACGAAGUGAUGAAGUUGAGAGUGUCAUGUCCAGAGUGGACAGAGGUAGAUAUGUCACACACAACCCUUACAUGGAUGCUCCCCAGGGCAUUGGCUAUGGUGUUACUAUCAGUGCUCCUCAUAUGCAUGCUUAUGCACUGGAGCUGCUGAGGGACCGUCUAACAGAGGGAGAGCGUGCCCUGGAUGUGGGUUCAGGUUCCGGCUACCUGACAGUCUGCAUGGCGCUGAUGGUGGGAGAAACGGGACGGGCUGUCGGGAUCGACCACAUCCCAGAGUUGGUUAACUAUUCAUACGACAAUGUCAUGAAGGACAAACCCGAGUUGCUGGCAUCUGGGCGUGUCAAACUUGUAGUGGGCGAUGGAAGGCUAGGACAUCCAGAAGAAGCUCCAUACAAUGCAAUCCACGUGGGUGCUGCUGCCCCCAUUCUACCACAAGCGUUGGUAGACCAGUUGAAGCCUGGUGGUCGUCUGAUUGUGCCCGUCGGACCGGCCAGUGGGGACCAGAAGCUGGAACAGAUAGACAAGAACGCUGACGGGAGCGUGACUCGUACCGCACUUAUGGGUGUUGUCUAUGUACCACUUACCGACAAGGAGCGGCAGUGGCCCGGUCCGAGUUGUGAGAUUUGCUGAGUGAGAUUGAUUCUCGUUAACUACAAAGUUCUAAACACAAAGCUUCAUACUUUCUACACGAAUUUAUAAUUUGACUUUGAUUUUAACGUUAAGUGAGUGCACUUGAAGUAAAGACUAUGACUGCCAUGUUGAUAUUGUAAAUAAACAUACAUGUUGAUUUUUAUUUAUUGUGUAACUUAACUUAUUUCUUGUUGAACUUUAUAUUGAUUUCUUGUGAAACAUAGAUUUUAGACAAGUUUUUUGCUUGAUUUGUACACUUGCAAAUAAAGGAUUGUUAUUUUGUA